AUGUUACAGAAGACCGCCGAAGCCUCCGGCAAGAAGGAGUACACCCGAAAAGACAUUUGGGAGGCCUUCAAGGAUGUCAAAUCUAAUCCGCAGCCUAGUAGUGCCUGGACAAGACAGAACAUACCAUCUGAACUGCAAAGCGUUGAAGACGACUCGGACUUGCCAGAAAAGCUCAAACAAAUCCUCGUCUGGUCACUAUCUGUCCAUUCGCCUCCGUCACAAAGCAACGCUCGGCCUAGCAUUCAACCCCCGGGGGGACCUUCAGUUCAAGACUCGCGACAAGCACAUGAGGAUAGCAAAUUUCAUCAGACAAAUGCAGAGUCGGCUUGUCGCUCGGUUGCCUCCGAAAAGUUUGACAAUGAUGACACAUCCGAAUCGCGGAGCACUCAAUCCGAGCGCCGUCUCGAAAAAAGUCGAUUAAGACCACGGUACAUUGGUGGUAGCGUUCUUGGGUCUACGAUCAGCCUUAUCACAGCCUUCAAGAACAAGUCGGAGAAGGAAUCAUCCCAGCCUCAUAUUGAUGCAAAGAAGGCUCCGUCAAAGAAAGCUCCUCAGGUUGAAUGUACAAGUUGCUUUGAAGACAUCCCCGAGAAUGCCACAAGCAAACUUCCUUGCAAUCACUCAUACUGCAAGCCAUGUUUGACGACCCUGAUCACAACUGCUCUCCAAACCGAAUCUAGCUUCCCGCCCAAGUGCUGCUUGACAGAAAUACCAUUACAGACAGUUUUAUUAUCACUCGACUCCAAACAGAGGGAGAUAUAUAAAGAGAAGGCUGCUGAGUAUGCAAUUGCGCCUCAAGAAAGAUGGUACUGCCCAAACACAAAAUGCUUGAAAUGGAUACCACCCUCGAAGCUACAGCGCAUCCGCAUAUUGAACCUGAAAUGCCCCCAUUGUGCAACCAAGAUUUGCAGUGUAUGUCGCGGCCUAGCCCACCGAGAUUCCGCAGAUUGCCCUCAAGACUACGGCCUUGAAGCUACAAUUAUGCUGGCUGAACUGGAGGGCUGGCGACGUUGCUUCAAAUGCCGCACCAUGGUCGAGCGAACACAAGGGUGCCGUCAUAUGACCUGUAAAUGUGGUGCGCAGUUCUGCUACUCAUGCGGGGCAAAGUGGCGGAGCUGUUCUUGCACCGAAACGGAUGAAGCCAACCGUCAGGCAGAAUUGAGACGCCGUAGAGGAGACAGAGCGAUUGCAGUGAAUGCCGAAGUUGCAGAAAUUGAUCGAGUAAUUGCUCAGGUCGAGGAAAUGGAGCGGCGUGAGGCCGAGGAACGUCGAAGAGAAGAGCAAAGACGUGAAGCAGACCAGCGCAGAGAAGAGGCUGAACUUGCAAGACUCGAAGAGCUGCGCCUGCGUGAGGAGGAAGCUAGGCGAUUGGAAGAAGAACGAAUGACCCAAGAACUACGACGAAUUCUCCAACUCUCCGUCGAGGAAACGUGUGACGCAAUCCAGUCUGCCUGGGAUGAUCUGCUGCAAUCACAGAGAAAGCGCUUGGAUGACAGACAUUUGCAAGCUGAGCAACAGCAUGCGCAGGAGCGCGAUGAGGCAACGAAACGACAGCAACAAGAGAAUGGAGAAAACUUCGCCAAAAUGGAAUCCAACCUCGGAAAGAGAACUUCCACCAUCAAGGAGAGGCACAAUAAGGAACUGGAAGCCUUUAACACUGAGCAGCAGGACCUGGAAGAUGACCUGUUCCUAGAAAUUCAACUACACCUCCGGGGCAAGCAGGACAAGCAAUCCCGAGAGCGCCGCCUUCAAGAACGAUUCCAGAGACAGCGCGACGAGAAACAACGCAAAAUGCUUUCAAAGCAUCGAUCUGAAUCAGAAUCUCUGCAGGCGAACGCCACAAUGGAACUGCAGGGCCUCAAAUUGAGCAACGAGAGCAAGUUGGCCAGGCUCGAGCACAGAUACCGAGUGGAUUUUGAGAUUCUGUUGGCGAACGUUGUAGCAGACCGCGCGUGGUUCGACUUCCUCGCAGAGAAACGGCAAAACAUGGUCGACGCGAACCGGCGACUUAUGCUUGCGGCUCUAGAAGCCGAUCAAGAGCCGGUGGGGUUGACCGAAGAGACGGCCACGACAAUCGGUCCCUUCUUGACAAGUAUGCGGUGUGAAGCACAUGGCACUGAAUCCGCACCUCACCUCAGCGGCGCAGUUCUUCAGGAACCGGUGCAGGAGCCAUGGAGAGAGGUCCUAUCUCCAUCACCGGCACACAGUGCGUCUCCGGCGCGCUCCUUGGUCGAGCUUGCUGCAACGUCCCAGCAGUUAUUAAACAGUUUGAAUGAAUCACACAUCGUGGCAGAGUCGGACGUGAAGAGUUCACAACCCGGCGCUGUCGUCCAACCCAUGUCCAACCGUGCCUUCGCGUGGAUGACCGGUGGUGCUGAGGACGUCGCGACCUCAAGAAUUCAUCACGAUGUCACUGCGCGCCACUCACCCCCAGCUGGUGGAAGCCAAGGAUUUCCCAGUCAAACCUACGCCCACGCUGCUCCAUUGAGAUUUGCGGCGACAUCCAAUCCGACUGAGAUGAUGAUGUCGGGAGGACUGCGGCCAACAGGACACUCGGUAGCACCAUCCAUGGACCGUCUUGGAGUUCCGAGUUUGAUUCCCCCACCUCUGCAGACCGGGAGACGACAGCUACAGCGAACCACGGACGGUUUGAAAGGCCCAGAGCGCUACGCGAACGAUCCACCCCCGCCCGUGCCCAAAGUGCCCGCCAUCUACCUUGCGCGGCAGCGCGACACCGAGACAGAGAUCGAACACAGCCCAUACACAAUGCAACAGCCCAGAGGACUGGGUGGCUUAGUGCCGAUCGAGGCCAACCGAGACAACAGGCACGGCGGCGCGAGUCACGGCGGGGAGCAUAAGCGCCAGUCCUCCUCCUCAGGUUCUCUCACCAGUUCCAGCUCGCUCUUGACUCCCUCGAUAACGACGACCUCGAUCUCGACGACACCGCGGUCCUCACCGUCUGCGACCCGCACGUCGAGUUCUCGAAGCAGCGGCGAGAGCCUCUUCCUGCACAGCUUGAUCACGGCGACCACCAACGCCGCCACCGCGGCAGGACGACCGUCCAGGACCUCGCUGUCGCCGGUCUCGCCCAUCUCUCCUGCGGUGCCUGUGGACGUGGCCAAGCAGAAGUCCGGAGGACCGGGGAGCCCACAGAUGCGCCCGACACGGUCGGUGUGGUCGAUUCUGGGCUGA